CACAUUUCUUGACGGACACAGUCGGCUUAUGCAUGACGUGAAUACAUGUCCAGGUGUGCAGGCGCAUAUCUCAUGACGUCACGCUUUCGUGAGUGUCCUAGCACCAAAUCUGUUUGGCGCAAAAGGCCUCAGGUCCACACACGACGACUCGCCAGUGGCUAUCAGCUCAGCCAAACCUUUCCCAGUGGCUGGGGCAUUCAGAAUCCCCUGCACCACACACACACGUCUGUGUGUCGCUGUGUGCAUGGUUACGUACCCAGCAUGAGUGUCCGGUUGCGACGUAGACGCCAUUGCAGCCAGGCACUUCACCUGGACACAUGGGGGAAACACACAGCACUUUUUAAGUUGCCCAUGAGCACCACCCAGAUGAGUGCAUGUGUGUGUGUGUGAGGGUGCACAGGCCGCCGACCGAUGAGUGGUGUGUUGUCAGGGGAGAGGGGCAGGAAGCAGCACGAGACGCCCUCAACAGAUGUGCCUGUUUGCAAUAGUGACAGACACAGACACAGACACUCACUUGUGUGUAUACCCCCGUGUGUGUGUGUGUCAGACCUUGCAGAGCUCCACUCAUCGUGUCGGCCAUCUGUUUUAGCCUCUGGCCUUUCUCCUCUUCAGGCACCACUGCACCUGGGUCGUCUGCACACAUACACACACACACACACACAGACAGACACACGCACACACACACACGAGAUACUCCCACGUGUGGACCCACACGCACGACUCACUCAUAUCAUCAACGAACCUGGCACAGGCACCAUGUCGGGAAAGCCGCACAUGUACACCUCAUUGUCAGGCCGUGGGUAGAUCUCGGGGUCCUCACUGCCACGCCACCCGCCCAUUCGGUUGCGAUUGUGGUACUGGAUGAACAGACAGUGGUUCGAUAUCGCUGCUUUGGGCCGCAUCGUGAUGCUGUGAUAACGCUGGCCUGAUGACCACACACGCAGAAGAGAACACCUGCAUGUAGGUGUGUGGGUGUCUCGUGAGUGAAGCCACCUCCGAUCUGCGGCAGAGCGAGCCAUUUGGCGGCCUCUUUUGUCCAGGGUCCCAUUGCAAUCACCACCUUCUCGCAAGGAAUGACAGUGCCGUCAACCUUGACGCCAGUCACGCUCCGGUCGUCGGCCAUCUCGAUCGCCUCCACCCUGCCGAUUCGCAGCUGUGCGCCUCGCCUCGUGGCGCCAGCCAGCAGCGCUUCUGUGAGCAAUCGGGGAUGCACCUACAGAGAGGAGAGAGAGGCACAUACAUACCAUACGCCCAUCUGUGUUCGUGGGGUCGGGGCAGCCGGACCUGUGCAGUUGUGCUCUCGUCGCCGAGUUUGCCGUUCGCCCAGACAUUCUUGUCCAGCCAUUCGGGCAGCUGCCCGCCGCCACCAGUGCCCCGAGUGCCUGUGUUCCUGCCGCUGUCGGUGUCUGACGCCAUGACACCGAUGGUGUGCACUUGCCGAUACAUGACGUCAGCCCUUUCCUCUUCCUGCACACAGACAGACAGACAGACCCAGAGGCAGAUCAUCAGUGUGCUGGCUGGUAGGGAUGUGUGUGACCUUCAGCUGCUUCGCCAGCUGGGCGUGAAGCGCAUAGGACACCCGCGCGAGGGGACCGACAGGGCUGUGGUCAUUCCUGGCGACGAAUCGCGGGAAUCUUGCAUGCACUGUGCGUGAGUGAAUCAUUCCACUGCUCACCAGUGCUUCGCCAGAAAACCGCCCGCCUUGCCGGACGCAGCACAGGCCGGCUUGGUCCGCUCAACUAUGAUUGACUUGACGGCAUGCUCCCGCGCCAGGUGGUAUGCCACGGAACAGCCAAUGAUGCCGCCGCCACAGAUCACCACCUGACACAGCAAACACACAAACAAAGAAGUCCAUCUCUUUUGAAUGCACGAAAUGAAGGGGCGCCUGGCGUCAUUGCAGUGCAUUCGCUUCCCACCUUUGCCUGCUGCGAUUCAUCGCUCAUCGUCGUCGUUGCCUUGUGCUGCCUGGAAGAGUGCCUUAUCCGCAAGAUCUUCGCUGGCAGAUCGACAAACGGGACAAAAGCUGAUGUGUUCACAUGUGAGAGGUGCAGCAGCAACAACAGAGGGCCUUUUUUGAG